AUUUGCAAAGUUGGAAAGAUACUGUAUAAGAUUUUGUAGGUCUAUGGAAGGAAAUGGAAUGAUGCAGCAUUUUAUUUUAUUUGAAAAUGUAGUUUUGUCUCUUUUUGUUUCUUUCUGCAUUAGUACUACAUAUUUUAGCCACUAUUCAUACAUCCACACACCCCCUUUUUUCCCUCCUUCCCAUCUUCACAUCCUCUCUUUCCGGGCUCAAUCAGUCCUGUUUCUACUCCAAAUACUUUUACCACUACAAACAAGGCCAGACGAUGAAGAAGCAUGUGCUCCUCCUCGCCUUGCUCUGUGCAGCAAUCCUAGUCCAAGGGUCCAGAGUUCAAAAGGGACAUGUCAAAAACUGGAAAGAUUACAAUAUUCCAUCAGAAUUGAGAGAAGGAGGUUCUAGAAGGUUCUUAAUCGGCUCGGUGGCUCCAACUUGCACCUACAACGAGUGCAGAGGUUGUCGGUAUAAGUGUAGAGCGGAGCAAGUACCGGUUGAAGGCAAUGAUCCCAUGAAUAGUGCUUAUCACUACAAAUGUGUGUGCCACAGAUAGUUCUUUUGCCUUUUCCUUGACUUACUAUGUCCAAAUAUACAGUCAGAGUCAGUCUCUACCUUAUGUUUUUUGAUACUACUAUAAAUAACUGUUGCUAUUACUAGGAGGAAAUAUAGAUCCCUUUUGUCUAGAGUGGUUGUGUUUGUGCCAUUUUUGUUUAUUAAGGUUUUGGAAUGUUGUUAACCGGUUUUGUUGGUGGAGGAGCAGAUUAUUGAGUC